AUGGAGACGAACUACAGAGAAACACUGCAGAGGGACUUUGAUGCAUUUGAUAUAUCUGAAGAGCUGGGAUUUAUCCUUGAGGAGCCACUGACUCACCUUCCAGACUAUUAUCGAGUGUGGAUCGACUUGGCAAAUAAUCUGACACAUUUAAUAGAGUCACGGAAGCUCCGAGACCUGGUUCAUAAGAUGCCAGUUUUGAGUCCCCAUCAUUUGAACAGUCACCGGGAGCUCAGGCUGGCCCACCUGGCCCUGGGGUUCAUCAGCAUGGGGUACGUGUGGCAGGAGGGGCGGCAUGCACCUGCUCAGAGCCUGCCCAAAGCACUGGCCUGGCCUUUCUGGAACGUGUCUCGCAGACUUGGUCUUCCGCCCAUUUUGACCUAUUCAGAUUCAGUUUUAGCCAACUGGAAGUUGAGGGACUCCACAGGGGAAAUGGAAAUUGGGAACAUGGAUGUGAUAUUUUCUUUCCCUGGAGAGGAGAGUUGCAGGGGAUUUUUUAUGGUGUCGUUGUUGGUGGAGAUGGCGGCUAGUUCAGGCAUAACAGGGGCCCUGGAGGUGAUGCACGCCAUGAAAAUCUCCGACCUUAUCGGCGUACAGAAAGGUCUAAUCAAAGUAACGCAGUCUUUGAAGAAGAUGAAGGAAACGUUUCAUCUCAUGCACCAUCAUGUGGAGCCGACCGCAUUCCACGGAACGAUGAGAAUUUUCGUCUCAGGGUGGCGAGAUAACCCAAUGCUUCCAAGGGGGCUGUUGUAUGAAGGAGUUAGCAAUGAGCCAAUUUUACUAUCAGGUGGAAGUGCAGCCCAGAGUUCAUCCGUUCAGUGCUUUGAUGCCUUGUUAUGCAUCCAACAUAAGGGUGAGACAGGAGACUUCCUGACACGCAUGAGAGAUUACAUGCCUCCUGCCCACCGCCAGCUGAUAGAAACUCUGUCCGUCGGUCUGUCGCUGCGCGACUUCAUCAUUACAUCCUCCAGCUCUGACCUCUGCCAGGCCUACAACUCCUGUGUCUCUGCGCUGGUGGACUUACGGAACUAUCACCUCAAUGCUGUGGCCAAGUAUGUGAUUGUACCCGGCAACCGUGCCCGAUCCAUGGGCUGCCCUCUCAGAGGCGUGGGCUCUGCGCUCAACACCACUGGGACCGGUGGGUCCAAGCUUAUGGUCUUCCUCAAGAGCGUUCGUAACACCACCCAAGAAGCACUGAUCUUAGAGCGACCAACAACCUCGAGAGAAACUGAAAUGUAA